GACUUCCCCUGGUCCCCGGAAGGAGGAGGAGCGUCGCCAGUCUGGAGGGGGUACCUGGGGCGGAGGCAAAGGCGGUGGAGCUUUGAAAGAAUAUUGGCAGCAGUCAUUGUGUAGGACUGGACGGGGAAUCAGGAGACCUGGUUUUUCAUCCCUGCUCUGUCACUAACAAGCUGUGUGAUCAUCGAAGCUUAAGUGAAAAUGGUACAUGUUAGAAGACACGAAACAAGGAAAAAUUCUAAAACUCAAGAGCAUGAGCAGAAAUCUCGAGUUGAUUGGAGGCGGACUAAAAGAAGUAGUAUCUCACAGUUAUUUGAUAGUGACGAAGAGCUUGACAGUGGUGAAGAGUUUGAUAGCGGCAAAGAGUUUGAUAGUGACGAAGAGCUUGACAGUGAUGAAGAGCUUGACAGUGAUGAAGAGCUUGAUGAUAACAAGGGGUUUGAUAGUAAUAAAAAGCCAGAAAAUGAAAGAGAACUUAGAUUAAUUAAAGUUGAAAGUGAAAGUAGUAACUGUGAGCAUCUCAUGAACACUGGCAACAGUUCAACGUAUGAAGAAGAAAAGAACAAAAACAAAUAUAGAAGUGUUGACUUACCAGAUCAUGGAAAACAUUCAAGUCAAGAGGAUGAUGAUCUCAACAAACACACUGAACAAAUAAUAGAAGAGGACCUAGAAGAAGAACACAUCAAGCGAGGGAAGAGAAAAAGGAUCUCUUCUGUUAUGUAUGACAGUGAUGAGAGUGAUGAUAGUGAUAUCCUAGUUAGAAAAGUAGGUGUUAAACGUCCACGUAGAGUGGUUGAAGAUGAAUGUUCUUCAGUUGAGCUGGAGCAAAAAAAACCUGAAAAAACUGUAGCUGCAAGAAAGCGAGAACAACUCCAGAAACUGAAAGAACUCUCAAAACAAAGAUCUCGUCAGAGACGAAAUAGUAGUAGAGAUUUUGAGGACUCUGAAAAGGAAUCCUGCUCAAGCAGUGAUGAGAAUGAUGAUGAGGAGGAGGAGGAUUAUGAAUAUGAUGAAGAUGGAGAUGAUUAUAUUAUUGAUGACUUUGUAGUUCAAGAUGAAGAGAAUAAAAGCCAGCGAGGAGAAAAAUUGACUACAUCACAACUGAAAUUAGUAAAACAGAAUUCUCUUUAUUCUUUUAGUGACCACUAUACUCACUUUGAAAGAGUUGUGAAGGCUCUUCUGAUCAAUGCUUUAGAUGACUCUUUUCUGGGAACAUUGUAUGAUGGCACCAGACAAAAAUCAUAUGCACAAGAUAUGUUGACAUCUCUCCAUUAUUUGGAUAACCGCUUUGUUCAGCCUCGUCUAGAGAGUUUAGUUUCUAGAAGUCGUUGGAAAGAGCAAUAUAAGGAGCGGGUGGAAAAUUAUUCUAAUGUAAGUAUCCAUUUGAAGAAUCCUGAAAACUGUUCCUGCCAGGCCUGUGGAUUGCAUCGCCACUGCAGAUAUUCAGUGCAUUUAUCAGGAAAGUUGUACAACACCAGGACUAUGGAAACAGAUGAUUUCAUGUCACAUGAUAAACAGGUGUUUACUGUUGGCACAAUUUGUGCUAAUCGUACCCGAAUUUAUCAUAAACUGAAACAUUUUAAGUUCAAGCUGUACCAGGAAUGUUGCUCCAUUGCAAAGACAGAAGAAGUUGAAGAUGAACAGGUUAAAGAAACAGUGGAAAGAAUUUUCAGUCAGUCAAAAGAAAGUGGCUGGAUUAAGGAGAACAGUUCUUGUGACCCGAGAGUGAAGAAGCACCUGGUACCAAUCUGAGGAAAGGAUCUCGGCUGCCAGUUCUAAUACCCCCCACAUCCUCUUCUUGAGGACAUGGGCUGAGCAGUGAGCACUGUAACUGAAGAUCAAGGGGAAUGCAGAGGUUUCAGGCCACGGCACUGAUUUUGAUCCCCCCAAAUCCUGUUGAUCACUAAGUUUGAUAUCAGGGAUAAAGUGGGGGUUUUGAAGAGUGCACUGGAUUCCCGAAGAUCUGCUGGCAGCUCAUAAGCUCUGGUCUGCUCACAGAGCUUUUAGAAUUGUUUAUGGUACUUGGAAAGAAUGCUAAUAUGAUUGCAAUCUUCUAAAACAAGUCUAGUUACAUGAAUGUAUGAGAGAAAACAUAUAGUAGAUUUUCAGGCAACUCAGAUCAACAGUAUAUUUAAUCUUUAAAAAGAAAAAAAAAAGCCUGACAAGAUCUGUUGCCUGGGUUAUUUAUAUCAUAAGGAAAUUUGUAAAAGAGGAAGAUAAAAAACAAGAGAGCUCAGUGAAUAAACUUAUAAGCAGAGGGAAAGAAAAAGAGAACAAAACAACAGGAACUUGUCAGGACAUGUCAUGUUCUGCAGAGGUCUCCCAGUCUGGACAGUGACAUCAGAACUGGUUUCCCUUCUGACGGUUCUCCUCCCACCACAAGCCCCCACCUGGUGAUCUCUCUGCCUCCCCCGCCGCCCCCCCAUCUGGAACCUUCCGUAGUCUUUCUCUCAUUUUACUCUCCUCAGCUUUUUAUCUUUUACUUUGCUUCAACUUCUCUCCCAGUGCUUUCCUCCCUGUACUCCUCUGUGCUUUUCUGUUAGCCUUAGGGAGGAGCCAUGACUUAUCCAGUAAGUCCCAUCUUCAUUUUCCAUGCUGACAUGAAAUUCUUAGCUGCUUUUAUGGGUGCAUUUAAGGGUUGCCAACCCUCCUGUGGAGUUGAAAAACCUAUUGGGACACCAUUUUUUAAAGAAUUGUGUAGAAAAAUCACUGUGCAUGUACUAUACUAUACAUAUUAUGUAAUAAUAGUAUAAAUGGGGAAGAAUGUUAAACUUCUUUUUUUUUUAAAGAUUUUAUUUAUUUGACACAGAGAGAGAGAGCGAGAGAGGGAACACAAGCAGGGGGAGUGGGAGAGGGAGAAGCAGGCUUCCCGCUGAGCAGAGAGUCUGAUGUGGGGCUCGAUCCCAGGACCCUGGGGUCACGACCUGAGCCGAAGGCAGACGCUCAAUGACUGAGCCACCCAGGCGCCCCCAAGAACGUUAAACUUCUUGCAGAGAAAAACUAAAAGCACUUCCAGGUCAUGAACCUUAGAAAAAGCUUAACGGGGUUUCUAACAGAAGGGACCUGGAAUAAGAAAAAAUACUCUUAGGAAGAAAAAAGCCAAGUGUUCUAUUAUGCUUCAAGAACAACACUUAGCAGUGGACAGUUAAAGUAGUUCAAGACCAUGCAAGUCUAGGACAACAUGCACCUUUUUUUCCACAUGCAAUACCAAAGAGCUUCAUUUUCUUUUUGGGAUCCCUCCUGCUCUAAAAAUAUUUGUUUAUAAAUUUUGUCAAAAGAUGUCCUAGAAACUAAAGUUUAGAGCCACUGUAAACCCAUAUGCAGCAGCUUUCUGUGCUGCGAUUAAACUUCAGAAUUUAUCAGGUGCUCUGACAUUUCUCAGCCUCACUCCACCUACCCCUCAGAGAAUGUGAGUGUCCUCGUGUGACAGCACUGCAUGUGCUUGUGACGCACACCUUCUUCCUUGGUUGCAGGCUCAUGGCCAUAGCUACCCUAACCCUUCUGAAUGCCAGGGCUCAGUGCUGCUUGAGUCGCCCUAUCUGUGGCCCUUUUUGCUCUUACUUCCUAACUAUUAUGUCAACCCCUUCUUUUACCUCACAAAAACUAUGUGGUCCUGGCUUUCCUCCCAGCUUGUAUUACACACCUUGCUUUUUCUCUUACCUGCCCCUUCCUCCUCCAAGCGUUUUUCUUCCCUUGUCUCAGGAUAUCUCAGCCUAUCUUCCCAAAGACCUGCCAACUAGACUGACUUCAUUCUUCUUGUUCCUCCUCCUAACAAUUGAGCUAGGAUGAUCUGUUUUUAACCUAGGAUGACAUUAAAGGGUAGGGGCUACUUGAGUGUAAGAAAGGAAUGAAUGAUAAGAAAAUUAUAAUAAAACCAAAACCUAUAAUAAAUAUAAUAAAAGUAAUUGUCUCGUUCUAAAUUUGACUGGAAGAACAUACCAUCAUAUGCCACUGUAAAUUCUAACGAAUGUUUCUUGUUAAGAAGAAAGUGAAUGUGAUGAUGGGAUUUCCAGAGAAGCUGAAGAUAGGGUUGUUGGGAUGGGGUGGUGAAUACAUGAAUAUCAGGAAGUGAAGAAAGUACGUCAAAAGUAUCAAGUCUCAGUUUUACAAUUGUAUGUAAAUUUUAAAUGUAUUACAUAAAGAUUGUUACAUAAGAAAGAAUUUUAAAUAAUGAUUUGAUAUCCCACCCCUUCCUGAAACUUUUUGUGUGGUGGUGUCUUUUUCUUUCUCUCCUUUAAAACUUUUUUUCUUUUAAUUUUUCUUUCGUUCCUUAAACUGAUAUUUCUCAAAUCAUGGCCCUAACUACCUAUGUCAGACUCACCUAGAAGUUUGUGGAAAAUGUGUAGUUCCUGGCCUCACUGCAGACCUAUUGCAUGAGAAUCGUUGGGGGUGUUAAACACCCAAUAUUUAAUAAAUUAGGUGAUUCUUAAGCAAAUUAAACAUUGAGGGCCCUGCUUAAAGGUGCUCUAGUUUCCGUUCUCAGCCUCUUUAUAGCUCUCCGCCUCUAUAAACCUGUUCCUUUCUUCACGUCUAACUGCUCUGUUUCUGAGCAGAAGACUCCAAACUCCUUCUUUUAUGUUCUGACCUCUUUCUCACACUCCCUUUCCACAGUUCCACCUGUUUUAAUCAGUAGGUCCAUCCUGGCACUUGAAGGGGUUAACAUAAUAAAAUCCAAACUCUCCAGAUUUUUAGGAAAAAAGAAUGAUGGAACCAGAAUCUUUAAAUGGAUUGAAUGACCAGGAAUUAUGAACUGCCUUCUCUCUGAGUUUCACUUUUCCUUUGGAGGGCUUUUUUUUUUUUUUUUUUUCCCUUCUUACUAAAGCUGCACCCAGCCUCGUCCCUCCCCACUUUAAGUCUCAGAAAUAGCAUACUAUGAUGGUUAAAAGCAUGGAUUUAAAUAUUUUCUAGCAGUAGAAUCUGGAGGCAAGUUACUUUAUUUCUCUAAGUUGUCUCUUCAGUAAAAUAGAAAUUAAGACAAUAAUAAUAGAGUUUUGAUUGUGGAAAUUAAAUGAUCAACACAUUUUAAGCAUUUAGUAUUGGACCUAGCAAUUAGUAAGUGAUCAAUUAAUGUUAACUAUUAUUAGUAAUAAAAGCAAGGAGAGAUUUUCCUUCCUUUUCUUAGUAUAGCUGGGAUAGAUUAUAAUUUUCCAGAAAAAAUUUAGUAAGAGAAAAAAGAAUAUAAAGAAAGAUAAUAUAAAAAGCAUAAAAACAAUCAAACUUUUAAGGUAUAGGUUUCUAAUUCUAGAGUACUUUACUUCUGUCUAGUAGAACCUAAGUAGUCAGUCAAAAGAAUCCCUAAGUAGUUCAAAGGUUAUUUCCCCUCCUGUUCUUUUCUUUGUUCUUUCCAGAGAAGGUGAUCCAGUCAGAGAUCUUUGAGGGGACAAAAGUUUCAUGGCCCUGUCUAGAAGGAAAACACAUUCCUCCUAUACUUUUCCAUAGGUUCCUAUCACCACCAAAGUCAGGGUCAUCAGGAUCCUCUCUUCCUUUACUAGGAGUGGAACCAGAGUUCAUAAGUAAAGAAACCAUUAAGUCAGUUAAUCUCCUCAGCUGAAGUCAGCAGUUUGAACUUUCCAAAUUAUCUGUGAAAUUUCCAAAUCAUCCUGACUCCUCUCUUAUCUUGUCCUACCCUAGUCUUGACUCUUCAUCUUCAUUGGCUGUCACUCGAAUUUGGGAUCUCAUUACCUAACUUAUUACAAUAGAUUCAUAACUAAAUGCCAAAAUAUUCUAGAAUGGAUGUUUUACCAUUUUUCUUAAAAUACACCCCAGAUCAUGUCAGUCUCUGCCUUAACACUUUAGCAAUUUCACAUUGCCUGUCACAUUAUUACUAAACUCCUUCACCUAGCAUUUCAUACUCUGACCACAACCUCUUUGGUUCAGUCUCAUCUCUCUCUAUUCCUCUAAACAAACCUCAAAUUGUAGUCAAACCUCAUACUUUCUUGCCUUUUCACUGUUGUAUGGACUGUUGCCUGCACCCCCCCGAAAUCUUUGCCAACCAAAUCCUUUCUCCCAUGACAGUUUAAGUGCUUCUCUUCUUUUCUGAUCACCUCAACUAACCAUGGCUACUCUCCUGAACCUUCAUACAGUGUCUGUAUAGUUCUUUAUGGCACUUAUUAUUGCUGUAUUACCACCAAACUCUGGUCUCCUAGGGACAGGGAAAGCAAUUUUUUUUGUACCUAGACAGUCAUUAGAAAGUAUUCAAUAUAUGUUAUGUGUUCAACAAAUUUUUGUUGAAUAAGUUAUUGAAGUUGUUAUACUUCCACAAAUAUAAUAGAAAAAUUAUAAUUUAUAAGAACAUUAUGAGAUUAAUAAUAAUGUUCAGUUUGAUCUCUUUCCAAUACUUUAUGGGUUAGAAAUGCUUAUUUGAAAUUGUGUCUCUGUUUAUAAGAUUUUUGUUCAUGAUUAUCCUGAAAUGAGAAGUGAACGUGUUCGUGUUUGUGUCUAUAGAUUGAAAAGGCCUACCUUAUCUUCUUUGCUUUGAGUAAAAUAACUAGCUUUUUUAUUGUA